AUGAGUAUCCUUUUGACAAAAAAAGAAAGAAAGAAAAACCCAAAAUCAACUGAAUUGGACACUCAAAAUUCCUUCUCCAAGUUUCUGUAAACUCUCUCUUCUUCUCAUUCACUUCCCUUUUAUUUUCCACUUUGCUUUCCAUUUUCCAUUUCUGUAACAAACAAGAAUUAGAAAGCAGAUAGAAAGAUGGCUGUCUCAGCCUUCAAAUCGUCAAGCAAAAGGAGCAAUGCCGCCACCAAUUCCUCAGCAUCAACAACCUCAUCUGUUGGCAGACAGCAAAUCACAGACAAAGAUAAUAACAUCCCAGCAAAGAAAGCCCCGCUCAGAAGGUCAAGAAGCGUCAGCGCUUUCUCAAGGACCAGCCUUGACGCCUCCGCUGAAAGCUUCUUGAACAAGAGAGACAACCCUCUCUUCUGGUCAACGGACGCCCAAGCCGUUGACCCCCAACAGCUACUCAAACCCACCAAGCUUGACGCUGCAACAUCGAAAGAUUCGAGACCGGCGACCUCCGCUGGUGCUGAUUCUAGAAGGGGCCGCUCCGGGUUGCGGAAUUCCGAUGCUUUGGGGACGAGGAAGGAGGCGGGUCGGAGCUUGUCGCGGGUCGACCCGAGCGGUCGGAACCGCUCCAUUUCCCGCGGUCCGGAUUCCAGGAGGCAUUUCGUCAAUUCUAAGAGUGACGAUGAACAAGUAUGGGGUUCGUUGAAUAAAGUGGGCAGUGAUGGGAAAAAGGGCGCCUUAGUUAGAAGCAGUUCUGAUGAGUUGGAUGAGUUGAAAGGUCUGCGUACAUGGUCCAGCCAGCAUUCACAAGAUUCUGAUGCAAAUUUGGUAAAAACUAAGCUGACCCAUGUUCUGAUUUUGUAUGAUAUGACUAGUAGUGUUAAUAUUAGCAUCUUGCUUGAUGAUUUUUCCUUCUGUUGUUUGUUUAAUAUCUUUAUUUUAUCUAUUUUUUUAAACUAUUCCGAUACUAGUAUAUAUGAAACAGUUCGAUCUGAAGUGAGACGUGCUAUCUCUGAGAUUCAAAAUGACCUUGAAAGUGCUAUGCGAAGGAGUAAUACUCCAGCACUUGCAACUACUGACAUUGCUGAUAUCCCUCCUGACCUGGUAAAUCCAAGUGCAGUUGAAUUGGUUUUGGACAUCAGAAGAGAAUAUGCCAAAAAGCUUGAGCAGUCCCUGGAACGCUCUAGAAAACUUCAAUCGGACCUGGCUGUUGAGGAGCACCGUGGACAAGAGCUCAGCAGGAUCCUGAAGGAAGUGCUUCCAGAUCCCAAGACCUCUAAUGUGCCAAAAUCACGUCCCGGAAGAAAAGCUAGCAUUGAAAGAAGGAAGAUGUCGAAACGUCUAACAGAAGAAGCCAUGUCUUAUUUUGAUGAGUGUGUAUCCCUAUCAACUUUUGAUAGUUCUGACUUCUCAUCGCCAGAAGACCCACCACUCAACUUAGUUGGCUUUACUACCCCUGUUGGUAAAAGCAUAUCUUUACUCCAAGCAAGUUCAAAUGCUGCAGUCACCAAUAACUCAAUCUCUUGCCACAAUGAUAAACAGGGAUUAAUCAUUGAAAAUCAGUAUGCCGAUGACUGUCAUGGUUCAGGACUGAUGGCAAGCAGUGGCACUAGGGAGCCACAGAUUAGUCCUAACAGUGCCAACAUGCCCCAGGAUUGGAAGUUCUCAUUUGCUCAUAAGCCAACAGAAACCCUUGAGCUUCAACCGGACAUUAUGAAGUACGCUAGACAUUUCGAGAAAGGAAUUGAGAAAGAUGACACGGAAUUGCAGAUUGUAAGAUCAAACUAUUAUGAUUUGGGUGAGUACAAUUUGCAGGCUGCAGCACAAAGCUAUAUGUUCGAUAGGGUAUUGUAUAGAAAUAGAAUAGAGUCGGGUGGUAUUUUACUCUGUGGCAAUGCUAAUUCAAGUCCCUUGUCACAUUUUGCUUCUUUUUUCUGAUAAUGUGGUCGAGGAAUGCGAUAAAUAGAACAAUGUCUCCGGAGUGAGGUUAGGAGCAAUUUUUUAUUAUUUAUUAUUACUAUUAUAUGUAUAUAUAUGGAAAAGUGAGUAAUCUUUUGUUAGGACGGAAGCCUUGGGAAGAGUGAGGGCGAGAGUUGAACUCUUACCAUGAAUUGAGUGUAAUUUUUAUGAAUGAGAGAGUAUGUAAUUUUUAUGAACGGGUGUAAUUUUGGUCCCUAGCUGAUUUCCUGUGUU